CACGUUGUGAAUUGAAGACCAAGGACAUGGUCUGAAUGGCUUUUUGUACAGUCACUGGAGGAAGUUUUCAUGCACCGAACACCAGCACCAGGCAUGGCUGGGAAACCUUUCCGUGCCACCUACAUCUGGAGCAGCAUCAUCUCCAAUCUCCACACUCAUGUAGAGGUUAAGCGCCGGCGCCACAACCUCAAGUCCUACCAUGACUGUUUCCUGGGCUCAGAGGCCGUGGACGUGGUGCUGGCACACAUCACCCUGAACCGUUUCUUCGGUGAUGAGGCGGUGCCCCGCUACAAGGCUGUGCGUCUCUGCCAGGCCCUGAUGGACUCGAGGGUGUUUGAGCCGGUGGGCGUUAAAGUAUUUGGGAAGGAAAAGAAGCGAGCCACAUUCGAGGACAGUAGCUGCAGUUUGUACAGGUUCCUGAGCGCGACGACUGGCUCCUCAUCACCGCUGACCAACGCCAAGUCUCACUCCACUACCACCAUCGAGAGCGGCUAUGACUCACCAAGCAUGAGCAGGAACAAGAAUGGAUACAGUCCAUCACGUGAAAGACAAGGGGUGCUGAGCUACUCCACCCACUCCCCUGCAAAAACAGACAAAGCACUGGAGGACGUGCUGGGAAACCUCAACCUGAGCUCCACUAUCACCCCUCAGAUGAUCAAUCUCGGUCUCUCACAAGAGCCCAUCACCCUCAUGGCUUUUAACUGUGUUUUCACAGUUGUGGAUGAGGUGUGGCACCAACAGGCGGUGUUUAGGCUGCUGCAGCUGGUAGAGCUCCCCCUGUUGGAGAAGCUGCUAGAGGGAAAAGACUCAUCGAGGCCUCCCCUGAAUGGCAUGGACAGUGACUCGGACCUGUUAUAUACAUCAAGCUACCUAGACCGAGAGGUCCUCAAGGCCUUCAGUGAAGCACAGGCUGAUGAGUGGAUGUCGGGGGCAGUCGACUGUCUAGAGUUUCUGCCUGACGAACUGGUGGUGGAGGUGAGUCGAGGUUUGGCCAGCUGUGUUGACGACUUGCUCAGGUGUAAGAGUCUGCUCUAUGAGGUCCUGGCUCAGCAUUACGGACACAUACAACAGCCACCUCUGCUCAGCAACCACGUUUUUGACAUCCACUCUGGCAUCUCGGAGCUACUAGUGAACGGCAAACAAGAGCAAGCUCUAGAGGCUCUGCAGCUGAGCCUAAAGCUGCAGGACUCCCGCAGCAGGGAGGAACUACGCAGGCUCCUGAGAUUCAUGGCUGUCGCAGCCAAACCACAGGAGGUCAGACUGCACAAAGAGGUUGAGAACAGAAUGGCGGUGAAAAGGUCUUUCUCAAGUGCUAUCGUCUUCAGCAGAAGACUCUCCAAAGGAAAGGUGGACCUAAUGGUUCUGUUCAUGAUGGAUAACCACCGUGAUCUGUUCAAAAUUCCUGUUUCAUUGCACAAGAUGGUCAGUGACAGAAUAAUGAAUAUUGUGACGGGGAAGGAUCCAGAUGUGAUCACAGGAUCAACAUACUGCACAAGAGUGAGCACCAAGGCCUACUCAGAAACUGCACAAAAAACCACUAAAGAAGAACUCUGGACGUUACUCCGGACAGUACACGAGAACCCUAAACUCUCGGCCAAAGAAAAAAGACGGCUGCUUGGACAGUUUUAUAAAGGCCACCCAGAGAUUUUUGUUCAGUACUUUGGAAAUAGACUGUCGACUGUCAACAUGUUGCUACAGUGAUAUUUAUUACUUCAUGUAUUAUAAUGUAAAAAGAGGUAGAUGUAGGAAAGAACAAAAGCUAAUGUGAUGUUAAGAUGUGAAGAAGUGCAGUGUAGCAUGUGGAUUUUAUUCGCUUGUAUGUAAAUAAUUAAGACUACUGAACAAGAAUGUGAAUUUCAAUUGUGAGACUCGUGAUAAGCUGCGAUAUUUAAGGACAUAUUUCAUUUCAUUUCAGAUAUUUUAUUUGGUGCAGGACACUAACAUGAAAUGUCCUUGUCAGUUGUAUAUGAGACUGUUACUUUUCCAGAAUGACAAAUGAACCAAGUGUUCUGUUGAGGUUUUUUUUUUUUUUUUUUUUUUUAAAAUGUUUUCACACUGCAAUGCGUCUUGACGGAAUUCAGACAAGUCUGCAUAAAUCAUUUUUCAAUGGAUGUAUUCUUUGUGCUUGUGCAAUAGGAACAGUGUUAGCAAUAAAAAUGUGUCUGUUCAUGUGGUUUCUCAUAUACACUGUGAUGCACAGUGGAGCUAUGUCUCGAGGAACGGAAAUUUGAACCUGGACAUUUGAAAGUCUGAUGUUGUGCUGUAGUGAACAGUCGGAGGCAUUCAUGAGAAUCAGCCCUCUGGGUUGUCAUGUUUGUUGCACCAUAUAAGAAAACAGAUGUUUGUAAGGUUUUUUUUUUUACUCAAACUUAAAAAAAGCCACGUUUUAGUGGUGUCUUCAGGGUUCUGUUUUAAAUAAGUUUUACGCACUCCCUCUAAUCGGCUGAGGAAAUAAUUUCCACAUUUCCAGGUAACAAAAACAUCCCCAGACUAAGUUUAAACCACUCACAUGUUGAUUGUAUUUUGGCAAAGCUUAAUAAAAUUCAACAGGACUUGUCUAACAUU